UGUCUCCUUCCGCGUGUCGGUCCUUCCCGGAUUCGCGAGCGUCCGGAGUUGCCCUCGGUGGUUUUCAGGGAAGGCACCGCUACCGCGAGAGCAGCGGCUCCGAACCUUCCUUGGAGACCGCGUGCCCGAGUGCAGGAGGUGGCGGAAGCGCCCCGACCUGAUUGUAGACCACGCCUGACCCCGAGUAGCCGCAGGACUCCGAUUGGUGGACGACUGGGUCUUUUUAUAGAUUCAUAUUUUCUCUGAAAUGAAUUCGGGGGAUGCCUAUUGGCCGUCGCUUUCAUUCAAAUACGAGGAUCCGUUGGCUAGAAAUUGGACGAUCCAGUUUCACUUUUCGUGGGGCCUGCCAGAAGAAUUCGAGAACUCGCAUAUUUUGUCCAGUUGAAGUCCGGAGAUCUUCUACCUUCCUGUGCUACACUACGUCGGAAACAUUCAUCCUGCACUUGCCAGCGAGUUUCAGUGUGAUGUUUAAAGACACUUAAAAUAGUUGCUUUACGACACCACAGAAUUUGGGUAGCCUUUUCACUCGGCUUCCUUUUGACAAAGGGUUUGCAAUAAAAUGGGACUUCUGAUUGUAUUCAUUGGACUAUGGCUGUUUUCCUCAGUAAAGGCAGAUUCAAAAGCCAUUACAACUUCUCUUACGACAAAAUGGUUUUCCACUCCAUUGUUGUUAGAAGUCAGUGAGUUUUUAGCAGAAGACAGUCAAGAGAAAUUUUGGAAUUUUGUAGAAGCCAGUCAAAAUAUUGGAUCAUCUGAUCAUCACGGUACUGAUUAUUCCUAUUAUCAUGCAGUACUGGAAACUGCAUUUCAGUUUCUGUCCCCUCUACAGCAGAAUUUGUUGAAAUUUUGUCUGUCCCUUCAUUCUUACUCGGCUACAAUUCAAGCCUUCCAGCAGAUAGCAGCUGAUGAACCUCCACCAGAAGAAUGUAACUCAUUUUUCUCUGUGCAUGGAAAGAAGACCUGUGAUUUUGAUACCCUUGAGACUCUUCUCCUCACUGCAUCUGAAAGACCCAAGCCUUUAUUGUUCAAAGGAGAUCACAGAUACCCCUCAUCUAAUCUUGAAAGCCCAGUGGUGAUUUUCUAUUCUGAGAUUGGUUAUGAGGAAUUUUAUAAUUUCCACCACCAACUUAUAUCAGAAAGCAAUGCAGGCAAAAUCAAUUAUGUAUUCAGACAUUAUAUACUUAAUCCCAGGAAGGAGCCUGUUUACCUCUCUGGCUAUGGUGUGGAAUUGGCAAUUAAGAGCACUGAAUACAAGGCCAAGGAUGAUACUCAGGUGAAAGGAACUGAGGUAAACACCACAGUGAUUGGUGAAAAUGAUCCCAUUGAUGAAGUUCAAGGAUUCCUCUUUGGAAAAUUAAGAGACCUGCACCCUGACCUGAAGGGGCAGUUGAAAGAACUCAGAAAACACCUUGUGGAGAGCACCAAUGAAAUGGCACCUUUAAAAGUUUGGCAGUUGCAAGAUCUCAGUUUCCAGACUGCUGCCCGAAUCUUGGCUGCUCCUAUUGAAUUAGCUUUGGUGGUUAUGAAGGAUCUUAGUCAAAAUUUUCCUACCAAAGCCAGAGCAAUAACAAAAACGGCAGUGAGUUUGGAACUUAGAAGCGAAGUGGAAGAGAAUCAGAAGUAUUUCAAGGGAACUUUAGGAUUACAGCCUGGAGAUAGUGCACUGUUCAUCAAUGGACUUCAUAUUGAUUUAGAUACACAGGAUAUAUUCAGUCUGUUUGAUGUAUUGAGGAAUGAAGCUCGGGUAAUGGAGGGCCUGCAUAGAUUGGGAAUAGAAGGCCUUUCUCUGCAUAAUGUUUUGAAGCUGAACAUCCAGCCCUCUGAGGCUGACUAUGCUGUAGACAUCCGGAGUCCUGCUAUUUCAUGGAUCAACAACUUGGAGGUUGACAGCAGAUAUAAUUCAUGGCCUUCUAGUCUACAAGAGUUGCUUCGACCCACCUUUCCUGGUGUUAUCCGGCAGAUAAGGAAAAACUUGCAUAACAUGGUUUUCAUAGUUGAUCCUCCUCAUGAGACCACAGCAGAGUUGAUUAACACAGCUGAGAUGUUCCUCAGUAAUCAUAUACCAUUAAGAAUUGGUUUAAUCUUUGUGGUUAAUGACUCUGAAGAUGUUGAUGGGAUGCAAGAUGCUGGAGUGGCUAUUCUGAGAGCAUAUAAUUAUGUUGCUCAAGAAGUGGAUGAUUAUCAUGCCUUCCAAACUCUGAUACAUAUAUAUAACAAAGUAAGGACUGGAGAAAAAGUAAAAGUUGAACAUGUGGUCAGUGUCCUGGAAAAGAAGUAUCCGUAUGUUGAAGUGAAUAGCAUUUUGGGGAUUGACUCUGCUUAUGACCAGAACCGGAAGGAAGCGAGAGGCUAUUAUGAACAGACUGGGGUUGGUCCAUUGCCUGUUGUUCUGUUCAACGGAAUGCCCUUUGAAAAGGAACAGUUAGAUCCUGAUGAGUUGGAAACCAUCACAAUGCACAAAAUCCUGGAGACCACAACCUUCUUCCAAAGAGCAGUAUACUUGGGUGAACUGUCCCAUGAUCAGGAUGUGGUAGAGUAUAUCAUGAAUCAGCCAAAUGUUGUUCCACGAAUCAAUUCUAGGAUUUUGACAUCUGAGCGCGAAUACCUGGAUUUAACAGCAACCAAUAACUUUUUUGUGGAUGACUAUGCUAGAUUUAGUGUCUUGGAUUCCCAAGGCAAGACUGCUGCUAUUGCAAAUAGUAUGAACUAUCUGACAAAGAAAGGAAUGUCCUCCAAGGAAAUAUAUGAUGAUUCUUUCAUUAGGCCUGUAACUUUUUGGAUUGUUGGGGAUUUUGAUAGCCCUUCUGGAAGACAAUUACUAUAUGAUGCUAUUAAACAUCAGAAAUCCAGUAACAAUGUUAGAAUAAGCAUGAUCAAUAAUCCUAGUGAAGAUAUAAAUUAUAAGAACACUCAGAUCUCCAGAGCAAUCUGGGCAGCUCUCCAAACACAGACCUCCAACUCUGCUAAGAAUUUCAUCACAAAAAUGGCCAAGGAGGAGACUGCAGAGGCCCUGGCUGCAGGAGCUGACAUCGGGGGGUUCUCUGUCGGGGGCAUGGAUUUCAGUCUUUUUAAAGAGGUCUUUGAGUCUUCCAAAAUGGAUUUCAUUUUGUCUCAUGCCAUGUACUGCAGGGAUGUUCUGAAGCUGAAGAAGGGACAGAGGGCAGUGAUCAGCAAUGGAAGGAUCAUUGGGCCACUGGAGGACAAUGAACUCUUUAAUCAAGAUGAUUUCCACCUCCUAGAAAAUAUCAUCUUAAAAACUUCAGGACAGAAAAUCAAAUCCCACAUUCAACAGCUUCGGGUAGAAGAGGAUGUGGCAAGUGACUUGGUAAUGAAGGUAGAUGCUCUCCUGUCAGCUCAACCAAAAGGAGAUGCAAGAAUCGAAUACCAAUUUUUUGAAGACCGACACAGUGCAAUUAAAAUGAGGCCAAAGGAAGGAGAGACGUAUUUUGAUGUCGUGGUUGUCAUUGACCCUGUCACCAGAGAAGCACAGAGACUUGCCCCAUUGCUCUUGGUUUUAACCCAGCUGAUCAACAUGAAUCUAAGAGUGUUUAUGAACUGCCAAUCUAAACUUUCUGACAUGCCUUUAAAAAGCUUUUACAGAUAUGUCUUAGAACCAGAGAUUUCUUUCACUCCAGACAAUAGCUUUGCUAAGGGUCCAAUAGCAAAAUUUUUGGAUAUGCCACAGUCUCCUCUUUUCACCCUGAAUUUGAACACACCGGAGAGUUGGAUGGUGGAGUCUGUCAGAACACCAUAUGAUCUUGAUAAUAUUUAUUUAGAAGAGGUGGAUAGUGUGGUGGCUGCUGAGUAUGAGCUGGAGUACCUCUUAUUAGAAGGUCACUGCUAUGACAUCACCACAGGCCAGCCCCCACGAGGACUGCAGUUUACAUUAGGAACUUCAGCCAACCCAGUCAUUGUGGAUACCAUUGUUAUGGCCAAUCUGGGCUACUUUCAGUUAAAAGCCAACCCGGGAGCUUGGAUUCUCAGACUAAGGAAGGGUCGUUCUGAAGAUAUUUAUAGAAUCUACAGCCAUGAUGGCACAGAUUCUCCUCCUGAUGCUGAUGAAGUUGUUGUUGUCCUCAACAACUUCAAGAGCAAAAUUAUUAAAGUGAAGGUUCAGAAAAAGGCAGACAUGGUGAAUGAAGACUUGCUGAGUGAUGGAACUAUUGAGAAUGAAUCUGGAUUUUGGGACUCCUUCAAAUGGGGCUUUACAGGAGGACAGAAGACUGAGGAAGUGAAACAAGAUAAAGAUGACAUAAUUAAUAUUUUCUCUGUGGCAUCUGGUCAUCUCUAUGAGAGAUUUCUUCGUAUAAUGAUGCUAUCAGUACUGAAGAAUACUAAGACUCCUGUGAAAUUCUGGUUCUUGAAGAAUUAUUUGUCUCCCACAUUUAAGGAGUUCAUACCUUAUAUGGCAAGUGAAUAUAAUUUCCAAUAUGAACUUGUUCAGUACAAAUGGCCCCGGUGGCUUCAUCAACAGACUGAGAAACAACGCAUCAUCUGGGGUUAUAAGAUCCUCUUCCUGGAUGUGCUCUUCCCACUAGUUGUUGACAAAUUCCUGUUUGUGGAUGCUGAUCAGAUUGUACGAACAGAUCUGAAAGAGUUAAGAGAUUUCAACUUGGAUGGUGCUCCUUAUGGCUAUACUCCCUUCUGUGAUAGCCGGAAAGAAAUGGAUGGCUACAGGUUCUGGAAAUCAGGGUACUGGGCCAGUCAUUUGGCUGGGCGAAAGUAUCAUAUCAGUGCACUGUAUGUCGUGGAUCUGAAGAAGUUUAGGAAAAUAGCUGCUGGUGACAGACUCAGGGGACAGUACCAAGGUCUGAGUCAGGAUCCUAACAGCCUCUCAAAUCUUGAUCAAGAUUUGCCCAAUAACAUGAUCCAUCAGGUGCCAAUUAAAUCACUCCCUCAAGAAUGGCUUUGGUGUGAAACGUGGUGUGAUGAUGCCUCUAAGAAAAGGGCAAAAACGAUAGAUUUGUGUAAUAAUCCAAUGACCAAAGAGCCCAAGCUGGAAGCAGCUGUUCGAAUUGUCCCAGAGUGGCAGGACUACGACCAGGAGAUCAAGCAGCUACAGACCCGUUUCCAGAAGGAGAAAGAGACAGGAGUGCUGGACAAGGAGAAGACGACACAAGAGUCACGCUGGGAAGGACCUCAGAAACGAGAAGAGUUAUGAUCUUCAUUCACAAGCAGAUAGGAAAUUACACCAUUUGAAAAACACUUUUUAUAUUAAAUGCUAGUUUUUUUCUGAUCUGUCUCUACAACUGCUGAUAAACUGGCUGGGCAGGUGUGCCACACCUUUUGAUUCUGAGCAUUUGAUUUUGACUUCUGCAUACCAGUGGGCUCUGGAUUUUUAGAGUUAAGGCUCUAUUGGAUUUGUACCUCAUAGGAAGACAAGUGACUGAUCUUUCGAGACUCUGUAAAGAGCAGUCUUCUGACCAGAAGGGAAAAUGGCAAAGGCAACUGGAAGAAAAUGAGUCCUGUGGUGACCACACCCAAGAGCACACACAUGCUGCAUCACCACAGGAAGCCAACCAGCCAGAGCAGCCACGUUCUUCCUUACCUCAGUUUACUGGCAGUGGAGCUCAGUCUGCAGUCUGCACUGUGGUGGCAGAAGCUUCUGUGUGGCAGAAGCUUUGUGCAAGGUUCACACACCUUGAGGUUUAUGCCAGUGUGCUCCUGUGUCCUUUUGUUCUCUUCUCCAGCAUUAAGUUGUCUAAUUGAAACCCAACCAACAAUCAUGUGUCUUUGGAGUUGGCUCGGGACAGAUUAAUUUGGGGACAGGAUGGGGUGGGUUGGGGUGAAGGUGGGGAACAUAGCAGAAGUAGGAGGACUCUGGGGUGUUUGAGGGGAAAUGAGGAAAACAGAAAUUGACCAUUCUCUUUUAUAAACCAUCAGUACCAUGUGACUAAUUUGAAAUGAAAACAUGAUUCUUAAUCCCCUCCCAACCCCAGUAAACUUUUUAGAUAAU